UGAUUGUUGUGACAUUUGACAGGUCCACCCGCACGCAUUGUGGUCAGGUUAUGUUUAUAAAAGAAAAUUUAAAAGAUUUGAAUCAAGGUAAAAAUAUAAUAAAAUGACUGUGAAACCUAGAGUUAUGUCGGCAGACGAAGAUGAUGACCCAGUGGAAUCUAUGUUAAAGAAAACUGGAUGUUUAGAAUUACAUUACAAAGUUCAAGAAUGCAUUGCUUCUACAAAGGACUGGAGAAAAUGUCAAACAGAAGUUAAUGAUUUCAAAAUUUGUAUUGACAAACACAAGCAAGAAGAAACUUCUAAAACUAGUAAAUAAUUUAUUUAAUUUAGACUUAAUAAUGAAGGUGUACAUAAAUAUUUUAAAUUAAUUUUGUUGUGUAAAUUUUUUAAUUUAUCUGUUUACUUAAAUUGAAAUAUUUAAGUUAUUAUAGUACCUAUGAACACACAUUUUAUUUUUUAUUUCGUUUGGAUG